AUGAAGACAGCAACUACAACUCUAUGGAAAGCCAUGGAGGAUGGCUCCGAGACACCAAUCAAUGAAGUCGAUCUCUACAAAUACCAAAGAUAUAGGUGGCUAAGUGGGGAGCCUCAAAAGCUUGCGGUGCGCUACCGUAAUUUCAACCUGCGAGCCCUCUUAGAUGCAUCCGUUGGCGCUACUGGUAACAGAGGGGGCGAAUGUGUGAAACUGCUUAAGUGCGUUGAAGGGCAAUUCAAUAAAGCAUUUGUUUUGACCAUGCAAACUGGUGAAGAAGUCGUCGCCCGACUGCCGAAUCCAAACGCAGGACCAGCUUUUUAUACUGUGGCAUCAGAGGUUGCUACACGCCACUUUCUGCGUGACAUUCUAGGCAUUCCAAUCCCUCAAAUUUAUGCUUGGUCAACAGAGGCAUCAAAUCCGGUAGGUGCUGAAUAUAUUGUCGAAGAAAAAGCUACAGGGCAGCCACUGGGCACACUUUGGAAUAAGAUGUCGAUGGCGAGCCGGCUGGAAAUCGUGAAUCAAAUUGUGCAAAUAGAGAAGAAACUCGCAUCAGUUUCUUUUCCGAGGCACGGAUGCAUCUAUUAUGAGACUGGUCUGAAAUCAAGACCAGUCAGCUAUGAGCCCCUCGACUUGCCAGCUAGCUUUACUUCAUUGUCCACAAAAGUUCAUCAAAGUCGAUUUCCCAACUUUGUUAUCGGGCCUUUGGUCACGCCAAAGCUAUGGGAAGGGAAAAGAGCUUCAAUGAAUCUUGACAGAGGCCCCUGGAACCACGUCACUGAAUAUUCCAUAGCUGUUGGGAAAAACGAGCUGGAAUGGGCAGAAUCAAAUGCGGAACCAAGGAUAAAUCCUUACCGAUCAUUGGAAUACCCCGAGACGCCAGAGGACUAUGUCUCCCUGCUGAAACGCUACAUGGCGCUAACACCGUACCUCGUGCCCACUUCAAUGAGUCAUGAGCAAGCGAACAGGAUUUCGCACCCAGACUUGCAUCUGGACAACAUAUUUAUUGAUCCAGUGACAAAUAACAUAACAUGCAUAAUUGACUGGCAGCUAGCCUCUGUUUCUCCAAUAUGUCUGCACCGGCGUUACCCACAGAUGCUUGAAUUUUCAGUCACAGCACAGUCAGAUCAAUUCAGCCGCGAGAAAACACUCCUUGACUACUAUUAUAAUGCAGUCAAAGAAGCAGAUCCUUUACGGUGGACGUACCUUAAUGAUCCCCUUCUCUCUGUUCGGACUGAUCCUAUAUCUCUUGUGCCUGGGUGCUGGGACCGAGACGACAUCUUCUCUCUACGUAACGCCUUGAUAACAAUCAUAGCUCGCUGGAGUGACAUUGGCCACACUGGAAUACAAUGUCCUGUUGAUUUUACCGAGGACGAGCUGUUGCAGCAUGAGAAGGAGAUGGAGCUUAUCGAGGGCAUUUCAAAAAUAAUGCAACAGCUAGAAGAUGAGGGGCUUAUUCCGUUUGGUGGUAUGGUUCGGCAGGAGUUCUUUGAACAUGCCAAAGAACUGAACGACAUCUUCAAACAAGAGUUCAUGGACUUGGCGGAAAAUGAGGCACAGAGAAAACUACACGAGAAAGCAUGGCCCUAUAGUUGA